AUGAAGCACUCGAAAUUCAAGAAAAUAUGUGUAUUUUGUGGGAGUAGUCCAGGAAAGAGAAGCAGUUAUAAGGAGGCAGCUGUGGAGCUUGGAAAAGAAUUGGUAUCAAGAAAUAUAGACUUGGUGUACGGUGGAGGAAGCGUUGGUUUGAUGGGAUUGGUGUCCCAAGCAGUUUACAAUGGUGGUCGCCAUGUUCUUGGAGUAAUUCCCAGGACUCUCAUGCCUAGAGAGAUAACAGGUGAAACAGUAGGAGAGGUGAAGGCAGUUGCAGAUAUGCACCAAAGAAAAGCAGAGAUGGCUAGACAUUCUGAUGCGUUUAUUGCAUUACCUGGUGGUUAUGGCACUCUUGAGGAGCUCCUUGAAGUAGUAGCGUGGGCUCAACUUGGCAUCCAUGAUAAACCGGUAGGGUUGUUGAAUGUGGAUGGUUAUUAUAAUUCAUUGUUAUCUUUUAUCGACAAAGCAGUAGAAGAAGGUUUCAUUAGUCCAACCGCACGUCAUAUUGUUGUAUCGGCGCCUAUAGCCAAGGAACUUGUGAAGAAAAUGGAGGAGUACUUUCCUCGCCAUGAAAUAGUGUCUACCAAACUGAAUUGGAAGAAAGAGGAAUUAGAUUAUUCUCAAAGAGAGAUCGAGCCUAUUUUGUAG